AUGCCUGGGAGCGGGUGCGAGUCUGCAGGCUCCGCGCGGGCGCGGCCGGCGGGACGCGGGGCUCCACGGCCCGCUCCACGCAAGCAGUCCCCGCCCCUGCCGCCAGGCCCCGCCCACCGGAGGCAGGUCCUGCCCCCUCGACUGCGAGCCCAGCGCCCUCGAUUGACAGGCCCCGCCCCUCGGCCGGUGGCCAAUCCCGUGCGAGUGGGCGGGGCGCGCCUGCCCAGGGCUGCCUGCUGCGGGCUGGUUUCCAGCUCCAGAGUCCGCGCCCGGCAGCUGCCUGGAAACUGUGUGGGCUCCAGGAGCGACCUCGGCGAUUACUGGCUGGGGAAUAUUCUGGGUUUCAGCUUGCAGUACACAGCGACUGGACCCCUCGUGGGGAGCUGGUACUCGUGCGUGUCCUUCGCUGCGUCCGCCUCCCUCGCCUCUCCCGCCUCUCCGUGCCCUUCACGCGCCGAAGAUGAAGAUGGGUCCCCCUGUUGCUCAGACCCUCUGAGGCACACCCACCAGUCCUUGCCGCUCUGUAGCAGCGGGGCCCUUUCCCGAGGGUCCCUGUCCUGGCUGCCUCGGUAUGGUAUGCUGAGUAGGUCCACGACGUCUCCCUUUCGUGGUCAUUUUGACUUUGAGGAAGAGCCAGAAGUCACACAGUGCCGCACCUGCCCUCUCCAGUUUUUCAGCUUCCAGCACAAACUCGCAAAGCAGACUCCAGGGAGCUUCCAAGCUCCUGACCUCGGGCUGGCACUGCAUCCCUGUCCUCUUGUUUCAUCUCCCUGGGCUGAGCAGCUCCUGGAUCCUGGUGUGCAGAUAGCCAUUGGACUCUGCCGCCUCUCCGGUCUUGUAAGCUACCUAAUAAAUCCCCUUCUGUAACUAUAUAUGUGUUUUCUGUUGCUUCUGCACUUCUACAGAACCCUGAUAUGGCUUAGAGCAAUACAAAUUAAUUUGCUGAAUGUACAUGCUUGUAUUUCCCAUCUUUUACUAUGGGACUAGUUUUAAAAAGCAGUUUUAUGAAACCACGAGAUAUUUAAGUUCCUGUAUCUGAUUUACAGUGGUAGCUCUGUUCACAAACUUAAUUUGUUCCACGAUUUUGGAAAAGGUGGGCAUGUUUGUGUUCCUAUGGGAAAGAUGGCCACGGUCAUGUUUGUUACCCAGUGUGGAGUUUGGAAACAAAAACAAAAUUUUGCCAAAUGCUUUUAUGAACCACGUUGUUCUCGAACAAAAGAACUUGUGAACUGAGGUACCACUGUAUUUUACUUAACAUUAUGAUUGCAAGGUGAAUCCAUUUUCCUAAAAAUGACUCCUGUAUCCUUCUUUAUAUUACAGUAGUACUUCACUGUGUAUAAACACCAUAUUUUCUUUAUCCAUUCAUCUACCAAGGGACAUAUAGGCAACUUCCAAGAUUUAGCUAUUGUGAAUUGUGGUGCUAUAAGCAUGGGCAUGCAUGGAUCACUGUAAUAUGAUGACUAACUCAGGAAAAUACUGAGGAGGGUAAUAGGUCAAAUGGAAUUUCUUGUUUUCGUUUUUUGAGGAAUCUUCACACUAAUUUCCAUAAUGGUUAUACUAGUUUACAUUCCAACCAGCAGUGAUAAAGGGUUCCUUUUCCCUGAAGCCCGCCCGGCAUUUGUUGUUAUGUGAUUUCUUGAUCAUGACCAUUCUUUUUGGAGUAAGAUGGCAUCUCAGUGUUGUUUUAAUUUGUAUUUCUGUAAUGGCAAAAGAUGUUGAUGUUACUGGUAUAGAGGAAAGCUAUUGAUUUUCAUGUGUUGACUUUGUAUCUUGCUACUGCACUGAAUAUAGUUAUUAUUUUAGGAGACUUUUAGUGGAUAUUUUUGGAUCUUCUAUGUAGAAGAUCAUGUCAUCUGCAAAUAAUGAUAAUUUGACUUCUUACUUUCUUACACAUAUUUCUUUUAUUUCUUUCUCUUUCCUAAAUUGUUUUGACUAAUGUUUCAAGAUCUAUUUUGAACAGUACUGGUGACAGCAACAUCCUUUCCUUGUUUCUGAUUUUAGGGGAAAGCUUUUACUUAUUUCCACUUAAUAUGAUGUUGGUCAUUGGUUUGUCAUAAAUGGCAUUUAUCAGAUUCAGAUACACCUAUUCUCUUCAGGGUUUUUUUUUUAUCAUGAAUAGUUGAUAGAUUUUGUCAAAGACUUUUUCUUUUGGUACCGGGGAUCAAACUCAGGACUUUGAGCCUGUGAGGCAGGCGGCGGAACCACUGAGCUAAAUCCGCGGCCCUCAGAGACUUUUUUCUAUGUCAGUUGGCAUGAUUGUGUGAUUUUUGUUCUUGCUUCUGUCCUUGCUUCUGUUUAUGUGAUGUAUUACACUUAUUGAUUUGCAUAUUUUGAACCAUCCUUGCAUCCCUGGGAUGAAUCCUUCUUAGUCAGGAUGUAUGAUCUUUUUGAUGGUUUGUUGCACCCUGUUUGCCAGUAUCUUGCUCAGGAUUUUUGCGUCAGUGCUUAUUAAAGAGAUUUCCCUUCAGUUCCCUUUUUUGGAUGAGUCCUUUUCCGGUUUUGGAAUCAGAGUAAUACUAGUUUCCAAGAAUGACUUUGGGAGUACUACUUCGUUUUUAUUUCAUUAAAGAGUUUGAGGAGGAUUUGCAUUAGAUCUUGCCUGAAGUUCUUGUAGAAUUUACCAGUGAAUCCAUCCA